UUAAAAGGAACACCAUAAAUAAUUAAUAAUUGUUUACAUCGAUUACUGGAGUGGUCGUUGUCUGUCGCCAUGCGUGUACGCCUUUAAAACGAAAAUAACAUGUACAAUAUAUUUUUAAAAUGUUAAAUUUUGCCGUAAGCGCUUCGAAUAGAAAUCUUACCUGCAGAUUAAUUGCGGAUGAAGCGCGUUGUAUUUUGUGAAAUAAUAACGAUGAUAUAAAUAUUAAUCGUACAGUUUCUAUACACACAAUAGCUUGCUGGGCAUCUAGAAAAUAUCGAGUUAGUGCACGUCCGUACCACACGUACCUUUAAGUAAAUAUUCCACAAGCAUUAAGCGAUUUCGAAUCUAAACAUAAUACAGUGCCUUUCUUAAUACAGAUAUAAUGUUAUGAGCGUUAAACCACCUUUAUUUUCAUAACAACUGGCGCUCUUUAAAAAAAACAUUGAAUUAUUUAAAUGGACCGAGACUCUUUAUUGAACAUAUUUGGCCCCAAUAGUCGUGGAACUUACACAGUGUUUCUGUGUUUCACGUCUUAUGAGUUUGCAGGGUUAAUGAGGAGAAAAACAUGCCACAAAUUCCUAAUGAAAUACUGUUUGUGACCCUUUUAGAUGACGAGUUUUAAACUGAGUAACUUGGGGUUACGAUUUUACUGUUCCCCAAACUCUAAUAGAUCAGAAAUGCGUGAACAGUAAAAUUGCCACAUACUUCUCAUCUCUUUAAGCUAAAAUUAUUCAGAAAAAAAGUAUUCAAAGUCGCUGUUAAUUGAAACUUGAUCAUUUGGGCUAAAAAAAACAAGGUCACGAAAAUUAGACAAAAAAGUGAACACUACAAUCGCCAGUUUAAACAAUAAAUCACCUUAGCCCUUUGUGUGAACGACUUAAUGCAACAGGGCAAUCGAACGCCUUAUUUAAACACUGGUUUGAAUCAAUUUUUGAAUUGGUUUUCUAACUGAAUGAAACAUGUUUGUAACAGUAUAGCAUCUACGACUUGUUUAAUAUACGCAUAUAGCUAUUUUUGGACAAGGCGAGAUUUACAACUGUGAAAAACAAGAGAUUUUAAAAAUCGCUUAAAAGAUUAUAUGCGUUCUAUUAAUAGACAUAGUCGAGUGCAUCAGUGGUUAAAUGGUAACAAAAGAUCUAUAAAUAAACAUAUAAUCGACGUCUUUGUAGUAAAAUGCAUGUUCAAAAACUCGCAGGUUGCUGGUUCAAUCAAAGCUGGACCUACGCUUCUUACUCAUUUUGUUUCCAUCAGACGUUAAAGAGAGUAUGCACGAAUUUUAUAUGUGUAAAAUUGUAAUAUAUUGAUAAAAAUAUGUUACAAUAACACAAAAUUGGCAAGAAAAAUUAUACAUUGAAGACGAAUUUCAUAAAAUGCAGCAAAGACAAAUUAGCGCCCCGAGCCGAUUGUGACGAAGAUAUUUCGUACAUAUUUUCUUACAAUAACCGAAGCAUUCGUCUUUUUAUUAGGAUCGGAGUUAGUGUUCGUGUUUCGUACGAAUACAUAUCGUUGCAGGAAAUUAAAAUGAUCCAUAAAACUAAAUUUAGAUUCACACCGUACAUGCAGGGCCGGAUUAAGCUGUUUUGGGGCCCAAGGCUGCAUAUGCUUCGGUGGCCCCCUUCCCUCUAGCCCCUUCUGUUUAUUGAAAACCAUACUUGACACUACAACUACAAAGAUCAAAAAACUUGAAUUUGUAUAUAUAGCAAAACAACAUUGACAAUGUAAAACUAUUUUAUUAACUGAACUUAAAAUGCAUGUUACAUGUAACAGAUUCCAUCCUAUAAGUUUCUUUUACGACAGCUGUGAAACGUCUAGUUCUCGAAGGACUUGACAUUUAGUAGACCGUAGCCCAAUGCUGUCAACCUUUCCUGAAUCAUGGUGUUCCGUAGAUAGUUUUUCACGCGUGAUUAUGUUGAAAAUGACUACCUUGACAGUUAUCAACUGGAAUUAUUCGUAAAGCGGUCGCAAAGUUGUCUGUAAUUUACCGCCAUCUAACUUCAACAGUUUACUUAUGUGGGUGAUGGUUCUGUCUUGGUCCGCUUUUAAGAUGGUUUUGAAUGAACGAGCCCGUCAACAGAAGACGCCUCGAUGUCACCUGGAUUAGAUUCCAAAAGAUGCGUUGCACAUUCUCGCAGAUCAUCCAAGGUGAGAGACUCAAACUUUGUCAUUAAACCAAACAGUUUGUCAAGACCAGAAUAUGCGCUCAACCGCUUGGGAAGUUCAACAAUUAAUGAGACAAUCAACUAUGCAUGUCAUAUGUGUGAAUUUAAAUAUUGUCGCGUGCACUUACUCCAAAUUUACAUCUGGUGUCGAACUCUCGUCACGAAAUAGUUUCCGCCGAUCCUUAUGCGUAUUUGCAUCCUACUAUUCGUUGAUUGCAACAGACGGUUUGGUCUUCUUUUCAAUGUCGUCAAACCUGUCCAGAUGUUGGCAUGACCAUACGGGCAAGUCGUAUAUUAAAAGAGAAACUAAUGGUUCUGAAUGGAUAUACAACACAGAAAGAAAACUGAUAGCAUAUUUAAUCAAAGCGAACUCAACGGUAACAAUUCGACAUACAUCAGGAAACUUGUAAAAUUACACAGAAAAUUUCUACUGCAUUCCCUUUAGAGUCGUUCAAUGGCGUAAUAAAGAACGACUAUACAUUGGGAAACUAGUCUGCCGUUAGGGGCCCCUUUAAAAUCGGGGGCCCAAGGCUGCAGCCUUGUUAGCCUAGUGGUUAGCCCGGCCCUGCGUACAUGCAUGGUAUACAUGCUGGCGAAUUCGAGCGUACAGACAUUUUCGAUUUCAGAAUUAAAUAUCUGGCUUAUUUCGCAUUUUUCGACACAUGUUCUUCUUAAACUUUAUUUUAAUUUAUAUUGAAAUAUAUGUAUAAUAAGUUUUUUUUACACAUUUGAUAUAAAUUCAUAAAUAUUUGACAAAAUCGUGCAUACUCUCUUUAAACCGCGCUGCAGUAUACUACGCGUUUAAAACCGGGAAUCUAAAGAGCAAGUCUUACUUUCCAAAAUCUGGUGAUUUAACGUUACAGGACAGUGCUCAGUACAACAAGGGGUUUAAUGGACGAAUACAAGUAAGGCCACACACGUGAUGAUGACAAGUCUCUUAAAAGCCUUAUCUAAUUAUAGAUAUAAGAAUUGUAGACAUACAAUUUGAUGCUGAUGAUUAUUCUAGUUUACAUUACCUCGAGAGGCUAAUGGGAUAGCACGUGAAAUGAAAAUUUAAACACACUUGCGCGCACGCGAAUCGCGAAAAACCAAUAGUCCGUAUAGUUUAUCGAUCUAGCGCGCUGCUUUGGACGCUUUCCCAUUAUACACUCGAGGUAUUGUCACAGAACAAGCAAGAAUGUUUGCAGAGCUAUGUAAAUCCGUUUAAUUACUGAUGCAAGAUGGUUUAGUUCAAAUUAUUUGUGAAUUUGAAAUGAUGGGACUGUGCACACACGUGCUUUUUAUCUGAAUCGUUUAAAGGCUUUAUUUAAAAUUACGGAACGGAAAAUAGCUUAUCCAAGUGAUUCCACGCUGUCGCAAUGGUCGAAAACGAAGCCACCAUCAAACAGUUACGUCAAAGCCUAAUUUCCGGUAACAUCGAUGACGUCAUUGGCAUACUGACGGAGAGCGAUGGCGUCGACAUCGACUUUCGUGACGUCACGCACGAUCUACAGACGAUUUUAAUGUUCUUGUGCUACGUCGAAAUAGACACUUCAUCAAAAUUGAAUGUUAUGGCGGCCAUCUUGAAAAAGAGCCCGGAUGUUAAUAUCCAAGAUCGUUUAGGUCGAACCGCAUUGAUGCAUUCGUGCAUAGCGAAUGCUCCGGUUGUUACUGAACGUCUUUUAGAAGUUGAUGACGUCGAUGUAAGCGUGUUUGACGUAGAUGGGAAUACAGUGAUGACGUACGCGAUUUUGAAUUGUGACGCGUACACAGUUGAAGAUCUAUUAGACCACGUUGGAGGACCGGAGCUACUUAAUAAGCCCAAUCUUAUAGGUCAGACACCUUUGGCUAUAGCAGGGAAGCGAAACGAUCCGGCGGUCAUGCGUCUGUUAAAGCCGCAUCAGCAAGCGGCGACGAAGAUUGUCGAGGAAUUCCGAAAACGCCGGAAGCCUCGAAAUCGUGACGUCACAAAGCAGCUUCCGCCUGCAUAUUCGCCUUCACCUGAGCGCCGCGUGGGCAAUAUUUCAAAUGGAAACGGCUGUGGCGGCGCCGGUAUUGGUAGAGGUCAAAAUUCAGCGUUUUCUCAAUACUCAAGUGAUUCAGAUGAUCACGGUUCUAAUGACAUCACUACAGCAGACACGUGUGACUCAGACCCAAGCACAUGCGCGGAGAGACCGGCCUAUCCUCGCAUGAUGACGUCAUUGUCUCUGACAUCACCGAAAAUGGGUCGACAUCACCAUAAACAAGACUGCUUGCUGACGGAGACGCUUUUACACAACCAAUCAAAAAUGUUCCCGAACAUCGCCGGGAUGAGAGUAAGCAGCGCGGAUGCCGCUGACAUUGCAGUGAAUUAUGAUAAUCUGAGGCGCGGUAGACGCCCGUCUGUGUCACUUCCAGACCUGCGCAAUGUGACUGGAACUCUUGUUAGUUCCGGGAAUUCAUCGCCCGCCAUCUCAGCAACAAAUUCUGAAGGUUGCUCCCCAACUCCGGACGACCCCGAUAGUGAUGACGUAUUUUCACAAAGUUACCCUACGUCACAAUUAUUGCGUACGAACGGGCCGAAAGUUACGUAUCAACGACAGCAAAGCGCUGGGCAACUUUCCCUUCCGGAUAUCAAUCGAGGGAUUGUAACUCUAGUAUCACCGAAAAGUAAGAAUAUUGGACUUAGCCCCCUUGUUCGACAACGGAAAAUUUCAAAUAGUGACGAUCACUUACUUCAGAAAUCAAAUAAGAUUCGUUCGUGACAUUUGAACAUUGUUAUUGUUAUUGUUAUACAUUUUACAUUUUAUAUGAACAAAAGCUGUUCAAUUGUAGAAUCUAUUUAGAUCUACUUGUCUUCAAUAUUUU